AUGCUGGCCCGCCCCCCUACCGGUCGUGGAAAAAUCCAAGAACUUCUGGAGAGGAAGCUACCUUGCCCAGGAUCUGCCAAUCGAUGUUCUGGGAAGGUUUACUGGCAGCACUGUGAAGGAACUAAAUGCCGCAUUGAUAUACACAAGACUGGCUGGGGCCUUCUCCGACACAAAGGUCUCCACAAUCAUCCUUGGCCGAACUCCAAGAAGCCUGAUCCCCUCGCUUGUUCAGAUUUGGUUGCUGAGAUCAAGAAGAAUCCCAAGGCAACCGCACUUCAACUCAAGAUUGGAACCACAGGUUCAGAUAAGAAUUUGAGCAGCAUCACCGAUAUCCAUGAAUCGUUUGGCAAUGCCGAUCGGGCCCGUUACUACAGGCGGCAAAUAUUGAAUGAUAUCAAAGAGGAUACAGACAAGAAGGGUGGCGGAGGUGAUAAAUUUUUACAUGACAUGUUUCAAUGGGAUUGGUUGAGUUGUCUCACUUUUUUUUCAUUGUGA